AUGAACACCUUUUCCUAUUUGAAGAGAAACAGCCUUCCUCCGCCGGAGUUUGGGCCUUCUGUUUCGAACCCGGGCUUUGUGCCCGGAUUUGGGCAGACUCCAAGUCCGUACAUUACUCUCACGGCAUCUUCUCCAAAUACCCAUCAGAACCCUCAACUUCCCCAGCCGGCAAGAACACGUAUUUGGGUGAAGCGGCCUGGCGGGAACGCAACCACCAUGUUUGUGGGCCCCGGUGACCUUGUCGACGACGUCAAGUCCCAGAUAAUGCUGAAGUUCCCGACAACACUGGCUCAGCAAUUUGACCCAUCCGAAUUAAUUCUCAAACUUGAAAUUCCCUCCCAGAGCUCGCCUGUGGCCAAUUCGUUCAACCUCCAGCCCCACCAGCCUCCAAGAGAGCACACGUACCAGGGCUCGCCACUUGCCUCGCAACCUUCCUCGUUGCCUCCCAAAACUCUAAUGAGUCGUUCCAGCAGCACCAACUUGUCAAACAAGGUUCCAAAACUCCGACAGACGGGCUCCGUCGCCGAAAUGGCCAGUCUACACACAAUCCCGGUGUCUCCGAUCCCGAUUCCUGCCUCCAAGUCGUCACUGUUGAACCACCCUGAACCGUCGAUUGCCGAUAGAAUCCCUGAACCGUCAUCUCACAAACCAUCGCCGCUGAACCAACUGAGAAACCAAGCAAGACCUCGCACCACCACAAUUGUCCUGGAGCCUGACGCAUUCAUCAUGAAAAUCGUGGACCAGUACUUCCCUGGUGGAAUGAAAGUGGAAGAUUCCUUCAUAAUUGAUACUCCAUAUCCGGUGGCUGAGAAAAGGCCAGGUCCGGUGCAAUACAGACAAACCACAGACACGACUUCUUUUGUUCAGCCUAGUGCUGCUGGCUCGGGAUCUUUCAACUCGGAGAUCGCCAAGGACUCUGCAAACGCUCCUGCUUUCUUCAAUGGACCUCCAACGGGCCGGUCCAACCAGGCAAGAACACCGCAAGAUCCAGUCUCCCCAGAAAAUAGCUACACCAGCAAGGUGGCUAUUCUCGGAGAACAAAGUUUGCCCCCACCAAGAGACAUCACGAGAUUUGGCAAGGGAUCGGUGCACGAAAACGGGCAGUCGUCUUCAACAGUGAUCUUAUUCCCAAGAGGAACAAGAAAUGGCAGCAAGUCUCCUUCUUCGCAGCACUCGAAUAAUACAGGAACCCCUGGUAGGACGCCAACAUUUGAUGAGCCUGCUUCUGCAGACACAGCAGAGAAGUCGUCCGAGGUCUCGGAGACUACCUCCGCGUCUGUUAAGUCGCUUUCAUCGAAAAAGGGCCCUAAAAAGGAAGACGUUGCUUCGGCGUUGAAAAUCAAGCAACAGCCAAAGCCUGGAAUUAACAAGAUCUUGACAAACAUUAACGUGCUGGUCAUCGAAGAUAACCUGGUGAACCAAAAGAUUAUGGCUCGACACCUCAAGUCUUGUAAUGUUCAUUUCAAGAUCGCUACAAACGGUGAAGAAGGUUUGGAAAUGUGGAGAGAGGGUGGAUUCCACCUUUGUUUCAUGGAUAUUCAGUUACCUGUGAUUUCUGGAAUUGAGGUCACUGAGGAAAUCAGACGCUUGGAAAGACUAAACAGAAUUGGCAACUUUGCCAACCUGGCUCAGGCCAACGAGCCCGAAGAGCUCACAGCAUCUGACCGGCUAGACCAUAACCUGUUCCGUUCUCCUAUUAUCAUUGUCGCACUGACCGCUUCGACUUCUGCUGCCGACAAACAGCAGGCUCUGGCAGCCGGAUGCAAUGACUACCUGACCAAACCAGUGCAGCUUAAAUGGCUAAGAAACAAGCUCACCGAUGGCUAUACAGAAUCUACAUUUCAAGUUGAUGGAGAGCCAUUCUGUUCCCGUGCGAAGGCACCGGGAAGCGCACGUCUGAAGCUCUCUGAUUUUCUUGAGACGCGAGAAUGCAACAAUGUUUCAAGAUCUGAAUAUUCUGGGGAAGAGUUCCCCGCAAGGUACGAGUUUGUACCGCAACACUCCAAAUGUUCAUUAUUGAUCUGUUUUUGCAGAUACGUCAAGAGUUCCAACACCUCAGGAUUCUCAUACUGGGCCAGCUCCGAUUCAACGAACAAGUAUGCGAGAUUGUGCGGAGUCGGAGGGGUCGAAAAGAAGAUGAGCACUUCUCCAAGAAGCUCAAUUUUGUGUCCAGACUUGAUCAGCGUGAAUAUGUAUUUGAAGAUUUUGAACUGCGACGGAACAAACGGCGUCAUGUUCCACUCGGCAAACUUCCUAUCAAGUUUCACGUGCUUGGACGUUGAAUACUUCCAGCAGCAAACGCAAUAUUUGACCACCACCUCAAUGAACGCGCCGAUCAAGAUGGUUGGUAUUCCGUUUCCUGGCUUGGUGACGUAUUCAGACUCGACCAGUUUCUCGAUAAGAAUGCCGUACGACAUAAGGAAUAUGCGAGGGUUGUUGAAUUUCUGUGUUCCGAGAGAGUUUGUCAGGAGUUUUAUCAACUCGAUCGUCUUGGACGCCGUGUCCAGUGACGAGUUGAGCAGAUUAAGUCUGAUCAUGGUGAGAUCCUUUUCGUACUCAACCACAGAGCUGUCAGGGUUGAUUGGCAGUUUCGGGAACAGCAUGUCCACGGAAAGUAGCUUAUUGUCCUUUCCCUCAGCAAACUCCUGGAUCAUGUCCAGCGGCUCGAGCUCGUAA